AUGAAGCUCCUUCUGCUGGUUUGGACUGUUUCCCUACUCUUGGCCCAGGUCACUCCAGACAAGAAAUGUUGGGCUAAGUCAGGCAGAUGCAGAGAAACAUGUAAAGACAAUGAAGUAUUCCAUAUAUUAUGCAAAGCUGUGACUAAGUGCUGUGUGCAACCCAAGUAUGUACCCUUCAAUAUUGCAUCUUCAGAUACAGCUGGAAGCCAGAAAUCAACUAUUACAGCCUGA